AUGUGCUAUAAAAUCGUGUGCAGCUUGUUGCUGCUUUGUUUCAUCGGCUUGGCGAGUUCCAGUAGCAGCAGCAGCAGUUCCAACAAUCUGGCUGGCUAUGCAGGCUACACAAAGUAUACUGUGCAGCAUGGCGAUGAGAACAUCUUUCAGUACAUGGUCGAUCUGCAGACCAAUGACUCCGAUGUGGAUUUCUGGCUGCUGACCAGGAACAUGUCCGUGUUGACAGUGGGUCCCCAAAGGAAGCCACAAUUCGAGUCGCGUCUGGCUCAGCUGGGAGUCGACUACAAGACACAGCCACUGAUGGAACUGAUGGCAGCUCUGGAAGCCAACAGCACCUAUACCGAUGGUGAAGAUGAAGACUUUGAAGAAUGCCAACCGGGAGCAGAUUGUGAUGCAGAGCGUCCGCAUAGUCGCAAGCGUCGUCAAGCACGCGGUUUCUUCUCGCACUAUCCACGCUAUCAUGAGAUUCUCAACUUCAUGAGCGGACUGGCAGCGCGUUAUCCUCAAUUCUGUCGCUACGAAUCGCUGGGACGCUCUAACGAGGGACGUCACAUUGCUGGUCUGUCGAUUUCACUGAACUCUCGAGUGCGUCCUCGUCGUGUUGCUUAUAUUCAAGCUGCUGCUCAUGGUCGGGAGUGGAUCACCACACAGACUGUGUUAUACUUGGCCUAUGAGCUGUUGAGCAAUCUGCGUGCCUUCCAGCGUGUGCUGCAAGAUGUGGAGGUGUUCCUGGUGCCGCUGGUCAAUCCCGAUGGCUACGAAUACACACACACUUCGGAUCGUUUCUGGCGCAAGAAUCGUCAUCAUUAUGGCGGCAUCUCGUGCCACGGCGUGGACAUCAAUCGCAACUUUGGCAACCACUGGAACUAUCAGGGAGCUAGUCAGAACCACUGCUCGGAGGUGUAUUCGGGCACCGCGCCCAAUUCGGAGCCGGAAACAUCGGCGGUGGUGCGCUAUUUGGAAUUCAAUCGUCAUCGUGUGAAACUCAGCCUGGAUGUGCACUCAUUCGGCAAAUUCAUUUUUUAUCCCUAUGGCUAUGCGAGAAAUACUGUCCCACCCACUGUGAGCACGCUGCGUUCGGUGGCAUUGAGGGCCGCCAACCAAAUCGGCAAAUAUCGCGGCACUCGGUAUACAAUUGGCACCUCUGCCUCCAUUCUGUACGAGGCUUCUGGCAGUCUGGAUGACUUUGCCUAUGGCAGUCUGGGCAUACCCUUGUCCUAUACGCUUGAGCUACCCGGUGAGGAAUUCCAUGUGGCCUCCUCCGAUAUCAUUCACGUCUGCAAGGAGACAUUUGCCGGCUUUGUCGAGUUUAUUCGGCAUGUUAGUCUGUAUUAAGAUGACUUCCUUGUCUGGGAGUGUUUUUAGUCUUUAAGCAAUUGAAUUUAUAUUUGUUAAUUAAACUAAUUAGUGUCGUCGUUGUUAGGCAUUAAAGUUCCAAA